GGAGGAGGAGGAGGAGGAGAAGGAGGUGGCUAAGCGAUUCUACAACGAGGGGCAGUCCGGCCUGCUUUUCCUCCCUCGACCGGCCCAACGACCCGCCUCCAUCAGGCUGACCACUCCCCUGGGCUGGCCUGCUGCACCGGGCGCUAGCAGCCCAAGCUCCGGGGACAGCCAGCGUUCCUGGCCGGCUGGGUGCAGCUCUCUUUUCAGGAGAGGAAGCUCUCUUGGAGGAGCUGGAAAGGUGCCCGACCAGGCCAUGCUGGCGCUGCUGUGUUCCUGCCUGCUCCUGGCAGCCGGGGCCUCGGACGUCUGGAUGGGAGAGGACCUGGUGGAGCCCAGCUUUGACUUGGCGGAGCGGAUCCGAGACAUGCACGCCAAGGUCUCGGAGAUCUGGCAGAAGCUCACGCAGCGGCGGGACGACGACGACGUGCUCCACGCCACCUGCCAGGUGCAGCCCUCGGCCACGCUGGACGCCGCGCAGCCCCGGGUCACCGGCGUGGUCCUGUUCCGGCAGCUCGCGCCCCGCGCCAAGCUCGAGGCCUUCUUCGACCUGGAGGGCUUCCCGGCCGAGCCGAACAGCUCCAGCCGCGCCAUCCACGUGCACCAGUUCGGGGACCUGAGCCAGGGCUGCGAGUCCACCGGGCCCCACUACAACCCGCUGUCCGUGCCGCACCCGCGCCACCCGGGCGACUUCGGCAACUUCGCGGUGCGCGACGGCCGCCUCUGGAAGUACCGCGCCGGCCUGGCCGCCUCGCUCGCGGGCCCGCACUCCAUCGUGGGCCGGGCCGUGGUGGUCCACGCCGGCGAGGACGACCUGGGCCGCGGCGGCAACCAGGCCAGCGUGGAGAACGGCAACGCGGGCCGGCGGCUGGCCUGCUGCGUGGUGGGCGUGUGCGGCCCCGGGCCCUGGGCGCGCCAGGCGCAGGAGCACUCGGAGCGCAAGAAGCGGCGGCGCGAGAGCGAGUGCAAGGCCGCCUGAGCGCGUGCCCCCCGACGGCGGCCAGGGACCCCCGGCGCCCCCCUCUGCCUUUGAGUUUCUCCAACAGGCACCCUCCACCCUGGGGUCUCACCUUCGCCUUUGCUGAAGUCUCUCCGCAGCCCUCCCCAGCCAGGUCUCCCUUCUGUGCGCUGAGACCCUCCACCCUUUCCAUCCCGAGAACCGCCCAACCCUCGGGGCCCCCCACUCAGUGGGUCCAGGGCCUCCAUUUGUACUGAAACACCCCGUCCACGCUGACAGCCUCCCAGGCUCCCGCAGGCCUCUUUCCACCCGGACCCUCCUCCCCCAACCCUAUGAGACCUGAGUACCAGCCUCUGACCCUCCUCCCUCCACCCCAUAAGGCCUGAGACCCCACCUCUGACCCUCCUCCCUCGCCCUAAAAACCCUGAAUCCCCGCCUCUGACCUGACAAUCUUCUCUCUUCCCGCCU